AUGUCAGCACGCGAUCCAAACGACGAGCCAAUGGACUCUUCCGACGAAGAAGAAGCCGGAGAGGAAGGACAGGAAGAAGAAACUCCAGCCGUGGACAUCAUUCCCCCCGGACCACCAGGAGAAUUCAUCAAACCCACCAAAUUCUCCACACCCUACCGCUCCAUUUUCUCCCUCACCCCACCCAACAACACGCGAGCCGCGGUGCAGAACUUGGAACACGCGCCGUGUUCCUACACCUGUACGCCGGGUCUGGCACCCAGUCUAUUGGAGCUCAAACAACACGCCCACGACUUGGUGUGUAUGAUCAAGUACCUGACCAUCAGCACGGUUCCUGGGAUCAUCGACGGUCUCAACGCCGCGGACAAGGCGAAGAGUAAAUUGAAGUUGGAUGAAAUAUGGACUUUUGAAGAUGGGGAGACGUUUGACUUUCUUAAUGACCUUACGAACCCUUACACAGGACCAGGAGGCAACCAAGAAGAGGAUUUUGUCCAGGCCGUUGCUGAAGCGCACAAACAACCCUUAACAUCGCUCCUCAACGUGCUGGAAGAGAAGAACAUCCCCGCAGAAGGGGAGGCUCGUCCCAAACAGGUGGUCAGGAAUAUAUGUCCUUUACAUAGGGUGGCGGACCUCAAGACCAUCCCGCCGAAAGGGCAAAGUUUGCCGUAUGCGACGCAUCAAUCGCUGAUCAAGCAUGCGAAUGAUAUCUUGGAGCUGUUGGAUCAUGAGUAUAGUGCCAAGGGAGGAAUUCUCGCUAUUCUUCCGACGAAGGCUGAGAAGGAGGAUCGUGAGAAGGCGGAGAAUACCCUGUUGGGACAGAUGAUUUUGUAUACCCAACGUCUGGUACAGCGACUUCAUGAUCUUGAGCGUUUGUAUGCAAAUGCUAUGGAUGUCAUCGCAGGAGAAGCUGUCGUACCUCCUCAGGCACUUUCUCGCCUCGGACCUGAUGGCCGUACGGGUCGUGAACUGGUGUAUCCACAAGAUCGCUUCGUGCUCGCCAACGCAGGGGAAGAUGUCUGGAAUCAUCUCUCUCACGAAUUUGACAAGAAAGACCGAAUCGAUGAAGUGAUCAUGGAGUCAUACCGCCAACUCGGUGUCACGGGAGAAAUGAUCUGGCAAAAGAGAGGCGGGCAAGAAAUGGAUCGAGGCAUCACGGCCAUCGAUGUGACCACUCGAUACUACCGCAUGCGAGGCACCGAUCCCAAUGAUCCCAAAACCAUCUUCGUCAUCCCCGCCUAUGAGACGCAUCCUGGGACGAAAGUCACACGAGACAUGGAGCAAACGCCUACCGUCGUCACGGUGGUCAAGCCCGUCUGGCCCGAACGCGCCAGUUUAUGGGAACAGAAACACCGCGUCGACAUGGACGAACUGAAGAAGUUCCGCGCCUUCUCCGAGGCGCAGGCUCGCGACAUCGAGCGUAAAGACCACGAGAUCGUAGCGAUGAGAACACAAUACGAGCUGCGUGCGGCCGAACUGCGACAAGAACAAGCCGAAGUGGCCAGCUUGCGAGACACCCUCGAAGGCCGUGGCAACGAGAACAAAAAGGCGCAGGUCGAGGCCCUCCAAAAAGCGACCAUCGAUGCGGCAGCCGCCAAGAAAGACCGCGAGGAAGCGGCGAGGGAGAGGAAAGAAGCCGAGUCCUUGGGCCGGCGAAUGGACCGGCAAAAGAAGCAGUUGGAUCAGAACCGUGAUGAUUUGACCAGGAACUUGCAGGUGUUGCAGCGCUCACAGGCCGAUGAUUACAACCAUCGCGCCAAACAGGUCAUCGAGCAAGACCGCCUGGCGGGUGAGCAGCAACUCGACCUGGCCAACAAAUUAAAGAGCGCCUGGCAGGAGCAGAUCAUCCAGACACAGAUCUUGACGGAGCAGCUGCUUGCCGGCGACGCACUCACGGAACCACCUUCCGCAGCUGCCACAGCCGCCGGGAAGAGGAAGGGCCAGAGUAUCGUCGACGCAGCCGUGGCCAAGUCGAAUAGUCAACUGGUNACUCACGGAACCACCUUCCGCAGCUGCCACAGCCGCCGGGAAGAGGAAGGGCCAGAGUAUCGUCGACGCAGCCGUGGCCAAGUCGAAUAGUCAACUGGUCAGGGCUCCUCUAGCUGGAAGUGCCAGUGCUCCAGGUACUCGCAAGGCAAUUGACGCACCUGCAAGAUCCGCCAACCCUAUCCUAAUUGCCGCCGAGCAACGGGCCAUCGCUGCUCAGGCUGCUAUUUCUGGUGUUGCCCGAAGUGUCAGCUUUUCCAUGGCCCCGUCGGUACAUGACUAUGACUAUGAGGAAUCUCGUGCAAGUAGCCCGAUGGGCUAUGAGUAA